AUGGGGCUGCGGGCCUGGCUGCGAUCGCUCGGCUGCUGCGGCUGCUGCGGCUGCUGCGGCGGGGAGGCGGCGGCGCCCGAGAAGGAGCCCCUGCUCAGUAACAACAACCCCUACGCGUCCUUUGGAGCCACGCUGGCGCGGGAUGAGGAGCAGAACCUGUGGAGCACCCCCCACGACGUGACCCACACCGAGGCCGACGACGACCGCGUGCUCUACAACAUGAUCGUGGUCAGGAACCAGCUGGACAAAGACUCGGAGGAGUGGCAGAAGCUCAACUAUGACAUUUAUACCUUACGGCAGACCCGGAAAGAAGUGAGGAGCAGGUGGAAACACAUUUUGGAGGAUUUAGGUUUCCAGAAGGAAGCAGAUUCCCUCUUGUCAGUGACCAAACUCAGCAUCAUCAGCGACUCUCAGAACAUGAGCAAAGCCCGGGACAUCUUGUUAAAGCUCUUGGAAGAGACCAACAUCUUCCCAACCAGCUGGGAGCUUUCCGAGCGCUACCUCUUUGUGGUGGACCGGCUCAUCGCCCUGGACGCUGCAGACGAGUUCUUCAAGAUGGCCAGCGCGGUGUAUCCCAAGCGGCCUGGAGGGGACAGGGCGGACGAGGGCCCGAGGGCCCCGCAGAGCGUCCCGGCCGCGGUGCCCUGAGGAAUGUGCCUCGCUGGUGUGACAUGGACAGCGCUCCAGGACAGGCUCCUCUGCCUGGGGGUCAGCACUGAGAGUGCCCCCCUUGUUUCCCCGUGGAGAAGCGAGUGGGCAGCUGGAGCAGGGCAGGGAGGCCAGCGAGCUGUGCCCAGCAGGAGCACAUGGGAUGGCGGGUGCUGGCCCCAAGGUGCUCCCGGGCACGAGGGAGGGGCAACUGCCCUAGAGUAGUCCGGGUGGGACACCACUGGCCAAUAGUGUAUGCAAUAGGCAUGGGGGAGGGGGGGUGGGUCUGCCAUGCAAGGCAUUGCUGCCAGGAACUGCAAAGGUUCAGGUGCCUCUAGUUCCAAGGGCUGCAAGGAAAUCCAGCUUUCCACCUUCUGCUGGUACCUGCCACUGUCCCCUCCCUCGAGCCUGCCAGCCAGGAGGAGCAGCGAGAGAGGAAAAACACCUCCAGCGUCUACAGCUCCGUGACUCUGUGCACACUGGUUCUCUCAUCUCAGCCCUCCAGGCAGGUCCCAGGGGUUUUGAGAAAGAGGCAGGGGCUGUGCCGGGACAGGAUUUAAUUCCAGGCAGCAAAGCCUUGGAGCAGUGUCACAGCUGAGUGCUCCAUCCCCAGCCAUUAGUGGUUGAGGGAUGUUUUUGUCAGGGGUGCUCAGCUUGACAUAUUAAAAGAAGGUAGAGUUUAUGAAGGUGCCAAGGUCAGAGCUGCAGAGAAUUUGGCUCCUGGAACAUCGUCAGAUUGGUUGCCCAGCAUCUCAAUCAAUUUUGAAAAGUUUUGGUCUUAAUUGCCUAAAAAAACCCCACCACCAAAGCUGCAUGUACUGUCAAUAUAAAAAUCCUCAUUACCAGCAGGGAUGGUAUAAUGAACAUCCUUUUUAUCUUGGGGUUUUGUCUGAUAAUGAGCAAUAAUUUUUAAAACACUGGAUUUGAUAAUUUAAAAACAAGUGGAAGUUCUUCACUGAUUAACACACAUGCUGCUAAUUGGCCAGUUGAAAAUGCUGGUUACACAGGGCCUCCCAAAGUAGCAAACCAGAGCUUUUAUUUGUUUAUACCUAUGGUGUUUGAAAAAAAUAUAUAUUUAUGAACUGUUUUUGUUUGUCAGUCUUCCUGGGAAACAUUUUUGUCAACUCAGAACAGCAAUGAAAGCUGAGUUUAAUAAAGAAAACAUUACAAAGCCA